AUGGGCUAUGGCCUAUGGGCAUUUGGAUCAUCAUCAUCAUCUGAAGAAGAAGAAGAUAGCGACAACGAUGAUAGUCAACAGCAGCAGCAGCAGCUGGAAAGAAAGUUAAAAUUAUUUGGUGAAAACCCAAAAUGGGAACAAAUUACUGAAAUCAAAGGAUUAACUUUAUUUACCCACUUUUUAACCUCUCAUCAACAAUCCUCUUUGCUACAAUCUAUCUUUCAAGAAGGAUGGUUCAGCGACGUCACUCAUAAUCAGGCUAUGAGGUUCGGUGAUCUUCCAGCAUGGGCAAAGGAGCUCUCAACAUGUAUUCGAGAGCUUAUCCAGUAUAGUGAUUAUGAUCCUGAAUCCAUGGACACAAGCACUUGCAAUAUGGAUAAUAAGGACUGCAUAUUUCCAUCAAAGCUACUGCACAGGGAGCCUCUCUUUAAUCAACUCAUCGUCAACUCGUACCAGCCAGGUGAGGGAAUUUGUGCACAUGUUGACCUAAUGCGGUUUGAAGAUGGAAUAGCUCUAGUCUCCUUGGAAUCAUCUUGUGUGAUGCAUUUUAGCCGAGUUGAAGAAGAAUUUGCAAGUAAUGGAAAACAAGCCGAGGCCAAGAUCCCUGUACACUUGACACCAGGGUCUUUACUCUUAAUAUCAGGUGAAGCCCGAUACCAAUGGAAGCAUGAGAUCAACCGCAAACCCGGUUUCCAAAAGUGGGAUGGCCUAGAAAUUGAUCAGAAAAGAAGAACCUCCAUUACAUUAAGAAAGCUUUGUAAAAGUGAGUAGUAUCCACUGCAUUCCGAGUUAUGGUGUCUUCAAAUGCUAUGUAACAUCUAAAACAUCUUUCCUUUACAAAUUCUACCUUCUAUAUAUAUAAUGUUAUGUAUCGCAAUUUUUUA